AAGUAUUUCUGGGAGCAGCAGUGACACACGUCAGACAAAGGCUCUGCUUUUCUAUAAAUGAAAGAGAAGUCUGCGCAUUUGCGGAGUUACAAACUAGUCUAUCACUGGGGAGUCUGCCUGCAUCCAGCAGCACAUCUUGUGAGCGAUUAGAUAUCUGACAGCAGUGAGCACACUGGUAAACUGAUUUUGUAAGAGAAAUUUUUUCAUCAGAAAGUUUUCUUGAAAGAGCUGCGGAUUAAAAUGACACGCAAGAUUUUCACUAACACCAGAGAGAGAUGGAGGCAGCAGAAUGUUAACAGUGCAUUUGCUGAGCUAAGGAAACUCAUCCCAACCCACCCACCAGACAAAAAACUGAGCAAGAAUGAAACGCUGAGACUGGCUAUGAAAUACAUCAACUUCCUCAUUGACAUCCUCGGAGAUCAAGAAAUAAGGAAAACUGGAGGAAGUUCUCAGGGAAGCAUUUUGGGUCUCUUUAAGUCAGAACACACAGUUAUGGGAGACUGGACUGUUAUGAGUCACAGUAAUGACUCUUCCCCAGGGAUGAGCAGUGACACACAGGACUGCUGGUCAUUGGAGCCCUCACCAUAAUGCUGAGAGAAUGGGAGUAUUAUCCACUGUUGUGCUGUGUAUGCAUUAACCUAUUUGUGCUGAGUUAAUUCUGUAAUUCUUGAUAAAGUUUUCUGAUAACUCACUUAUAAUGACAAGAGCCAUUAUAAGCCAAGGAUGUACCAGUAGGGAUGGGUGAAUUUGACCCGGUUAGUUUUGCCAAAUGCAAAAUGUCUCCGACGUCCAUUAAAGUCUAUGGGCGUCAAAAAAAUGUUGUCGUGCGGCGAAAAAUUUUGAUGCACGUCUUUUUUUUUGAUGUAUGACGCCAUACAAGUCUAUGGGCGUCAGUUUUGCGGCUAAACAAGGCCCAUCCCUAUGUACCAGCAGUGAGAGAGUUGUCUUGUCAGCAUGCUUAAAAUGUAACGUUGAUACUUAUUUAUGGUUAUGUCAGACGCUAAAUAUUGGAUCACAGGGCUGACUUACCAGCACAUGUUUUCAUUGGUCAUUUGGAUAAGGUGCAGCUUUGGGCAAGCAACGGGAAAUUAUAAUGACAUCAGAGAGAUGAAAACUUCCAUUAUGCUUGUUACAGUUCAGAGUGAACCAUGCAUUGCAAAAGCCACUUAAAUGAUUAGGGUAUCUGAUGUGGAAUGGCCAGAAGAAUUGCUCACACUUAGCUACCUCAUUUCUUGUUUUCUUUACUCUCAUAACUCACCAUGCUUUUAUAUUAGAAUUUGGGGUCAUUAAUAAUUUCAGAUUUUAGAUCUUGCCUACCUCGGCAGCAUUUGUACAUCUGUAUAUUUGUGUCUUUCUUGGAAAGUGUUUUUCCACGAAAGAACCGUCUGCUGGUAAUGGUAGGCAGAUGUUUCCACAACAGUUCUUUUAUUUUAAUCAAUAUAUUGGCUGGGUAUUGGAU